AUGUUUCCUCAGAUCCAAAGUACAAUGCAAUUAGGAGCAUCUCAGUUGGUGGAAAGACUUUUUGCAGAUCAGGAUACACCUAGUAGCGUCCCAACCGAGUUUUUGAAGGAUCUUUCGGUUCGUUUUAAGGAUGACGGCCUGGAAAACAUCAUUCAGCCUUUAGUAACAGGAAUCGCGGCGCGUGCAAGAGCUGCCACUAUUUUGACAGACUGGAGGACGCCAUUUCGCGCCCUUCUUAUGUUGAUUGAGGUACCAGCCAUCGCUGCCGUCAUCCCUCAUAUCGCCACAUGGAACCCGGCCAAUGCAACCGCUCGUCAGAUUGAAAUCGUAUCUGCUCUCGGCCCGUUCUUCAAGACUUCCGGAUUCUGUUCAGAUGAUCCAUCGGUUGCGGAGCUAUUUGGAACAGGGUUGAAGAGGAACAAGGCAGAUUCAGCUGGCGCCUUUGCUUCUAUUCGAGGAACAGUGCGUGGCAUACACACCCUUCUCUUUCAAAUUGUGAACGGCAUCAUCAGGUCAGAACCAGAGGCAAAGGAGAAGAUGCUGAAUUAUCUCUAUUCUGUUUUGGGCAAGAACGAGCGUCGUGCACAGAUGCAAGUCGACAGGGCAACCGUUUCAGGAGACGGCUUCAUCUACAACAUCACGGAAGUCUUAAUGCAGUUUUGUGACCCCUUCAUGGACAGCAGCCACUCCAAGGUUGACAAGAUCUCGCAUACGUUUUUCAAAGGAAAAUCAAAGAUCGACGUUACUAAGGAGACGAGGAUAUGUGCGUCAAAGGAGUUGGUUGAAGAAUACUCGGCCAAUGCCGCACUAGAAACCACCAACUUUAUCACGGAUAUUUUUUUUCUUACGUUGGGUUUCCACCAUAUUGGUAUUUCCAGGAUGUAUGUGGAUUACAAACGCUUCAUGAAGGACUUUUACGAGGUCAGGGAUCAGUACGAUCGCCUCAAGGAGCAAGAGAGUUCAGGACAGAUUUCACCGGAGAAUGCACUUUUGGUCAAGCGUUAUGAGACUCAGCUAGAGAAGAUGCUGACAUUCCGUCUGUCAUUGGAAUCUCAAAUCAUGGAUCCGCUCAUCUUGAGCCACUCUUUCCAGUUCUAUAACCUUGUGAUGGCCUGGCUGCUGAGGAUAGUCGAUCCUGCCCAUGCCUAUCCGCGCAAUCCGAUUAAGUUACCUCUUCCAGAGAAACCUGCAGCCGAUUUUGCGAUCCUGCCUGAAUAUAUUGUCGAGGACAUUGUCGAGUACUUCCUCUUUGUGUUACGCCAUUCCCCCGAGACGAUUGGCUCCUCGACGUUGGAUGAGCUGAUCACCUUCACAAUGGUGUUCUUGAUCACCCCUGGAUAUAUCAAGAACCCAUAUCUGAAAGCAAAGCUGGCCGAGAUAUUGUUCUAUAUGACCCUUCCUUACCGCGGGCAGAGAAACGAUGAUACACUGGGCAUCAAGCUGAACACGCACCCUGUUGCUCUACAGUGCCUUAUUCCUGCCAUCAUGAACUUUUAUGUCGAGGUUGAGAAUACUGGUCGCAGUUCCCAGUUCUAUGACAAGUUCAACAUCCGAUAUAACAUCUCACAGAUUCUCAAGUUUGUCUGGAAAAACCCAAUCCAUCGUAACAUGGUUAAGGCAGAGAGCCAGAAAUCCGAGUCAUUUGUCCGCUUUGUCAAUCUGUUAAUGAACGACACCACAUACUUGCUGGAUGAGGGUCUGACAAAGUUGGGAGAGAUCCGUGGAAUUGAGGUCGAGAUGGACGACAAGACGAGAUGGGAAGCCCAGACGCCCCAAUACCGACAGGAGCGCGAUGGUGUACUUAGGACAGCGCAGCGCCAGGCGUCAUCAUACAUUGCCUUGGGCAAUGAGACCGUCAACAUGCUGUCGUACUUGACUGAAGUGAUCAAGGAACCUUUCCUGACAGCCGAGAUUGUGGAUCGCCUGGCCACCAUGUUAGACUACAAUCUGGUUAUCCUUGUCGGCGAGAAGAUGUCAACCCUCAAGGUCAAGAAUCCAGACCAGUACCGCUUCCAGCCUCGAAUUCUCUUGUCAGAUAUUGUUGCUAUCUAUCUGAACCUCGACUGUCCAGCAUUCAUUUCAGCGCUGGCCCGCGAUGACCGAAGUUACAGCGCUAGCAUAUUCCACAAGGCCAGUCGUAUCUUGGAAGGACGCAACCUCAAGAGUGCUGAUGAGAUUGCGAAGCUUAAGCGGCUUGUUCUGAAGGUCGAGGAUGUCCGGCAGCAGGGAGCAGAGGAUGAGGAGGAAUUGGGUGAAAUCCCUGAGGAAUUCCUGGAUCCUCUUCUUUACAGUCUUAUGGAAGACCCUGUGCUCCUUCCGACGUCCAAUAUCUCAAUUGAUCGAAGUACGAUUAAGUCGCACUUGUUGUCAGACACAACUGAUCCCUUCAACCGUAUGCCCCUCAAGAUCGGAGAUGUCAUUGACAAUGUGGAACUCCGUGAAAAGAUCCAAGCGUGGAAGACGUCUCAAAGGUCCAAGAAGCAUCAACAACAGGCCGAACCUAUGGAAACAGAUUGACUCGGUCCGAGAAAAUGUAUCAAAGCAUUAACAUAGUGCGAUAACGGCGUUUGACACCAUGAGCGAAUUUGUAGAACGCUAGAGUCCACAUGGAGCAAAUGGAAAAGAAGACUUUGAAAUAAAUACUUUCAAACAUGCAAUUUAUUCCGC